AUGGAAGGUACUGCCCCGAGUUCCUCCGCGCCACUGGUUGCAGAGCUGGUGACUGGUGUCCGAAAGCGGGCUCUUCGUAGAGCUAUCGGGCGUGCGGCAAGGAACUCAGAUCACACCACCAUGUACAAGGGUCGCCGGUGUACGCUGCAGGCUCUAAGAGGGGUCAACUCCGGCUCACCAUUACGGCCCGCGCCGCGGAGCCGUGCUCGGGCCUGUGAUCGACACAAGGGCCCGCGCCUCAGUGCUGUUACCUGGAAUGUGGGUGGUUUAUCGCAGGAUGCAUGGUUAGAGGUGCAGAUAUGGUUGCAUGAACAGGUUACCUACGACAUUGUUUUUCUUCAGGAGACGCAUUGGCGUUUUGCUAGUUCAUGGAGCUUGCCACGGUAUCAUGUUUUCCAUAGUGGCGCCACUGAUCACCGCUUUCAGGGUUGCAUGAUACUGGUUCGCAAAACACUUGCCUCCUUCGAGUCUAUUCGCUGGUCCUCUCCGCUUAAUGGACACGUUCUGCAAGUCAAACUGCCUGUGGCCCAUAGACAUGUUGAUCUCAUUAAUGUGUACCAGUAUGCUUUUCAUACCGGCCCUGAUAAGGCUGCCGUCCUGCACAAGAGAGAGCGCGUCAUUUAUCACUUGGAUAAGCUGUUAUCCUCUCUCCCUAUUCGCAACACUCUCCUAAUGGGUGGGGAUUUCAACACCACGGCCACCAGGGAUGCCCGGGCCUUUGGACCCGGGGCUUUUAUCGGCAAGCACCCCCACCCUGAUCGCCACCUCUUAGCAAAUCUUGUAGGCACCCAUCGCCUCACGGCCCUCAACACCUGGAUCCGUCUCUCCACCGCCUUCACCUAUGAGCACGAUCAGGCCCGCAGCCAUAUUGAUUUCUUCUUUGGCAGAGAAGCGCAGAUUGAUGGACUUGCGCGCCGGGCUAGGCCAGACCACGCCUUUCAUCUUCUCUGUUGGCGGGAUGGCGCUAGGCAUUACCCGGUCGGAGCCUCAAUGCCUGCCAUCCACUAUCAAACGACCAGCAAGCAGACGGACUCCUGCCAGACUCGGACCCCACGCUACCAGCUUGCACAGCCACAGGCAUGUGUUGCUGCCUUCCAACAAAGCUUGAGCCAACACUUGUCGGCUCCGGUUACACCGGAGGGGUUAGACACUGCGCUACAACAGGCUGCAACGCACCUUGUACCAAUCAAACCCCCGUUGAAGCACGCUAGUGUAGCAGAAAGAGUGACAGGCACCGUCAAACAGAUGUGGAACCUGCGGCACACUGCUCAGCAGUAUGCGAUUGAGGUCCUUCGUCCGUUCACCAUUGUUGCUCAAAUACGGCACUGGUGCUACACGGGAGAGCGCCUGUGGUUCUCCCUUGCUCAUCUGUUUACCGCGUGGCGACAUCAGGCCGACUAUCUCCGGCAGCAUCGCCACCUGCGACGCCAAGGAAAACGAGCAAAAAAGGAACUCCUGGAGGACCAACUCCAACAGGCUUGGGAAGCUGACAGACAGGGGGACAAAUCUGCCAUAUGGCAGGUAAUUCGUCGCUUGGCCCCGAAAACUGCGAAGGUGAGGGUGCAACUCAGAGGCGCCAAAGGGGAACUCCUUACCGCUGAGGAAGAGACCCAGCGCUUCAAGGCCUAUUGCGAAAGCAUUUAUCACGCCCCGGCCACUCCGCAACACCUAGCUCAAAUGCUGCUGUGGCAUCUCGGCCAGGCGAUUGUCCUCCCUCAUCUCGCCGAGCUCUGCACUGCUUUGUGGCUGCGCCCAGAUGAGUUCCAUCCCCUGUGGGCGGAUGCCUGGAUAGCGUGGUUGCCCAAGCCUGGCAAGGCGCCCGACCAACCAGAAAACCUUCGGCCCAUAUCGCUCACUGAGGGAGGGGGCAGGAUCACAUUGAAAGAACGCCGGGCCACCGGUCGCAAACCCACGGACUGCAUUGGUGGCGUCACGCUGUCCAUAGACACGAGCAAGGCCUUCGAUACAGUUGAUCGUUGCGUCCUUGAACAGGAGCUGCACGCGGCCCACAUCUCGGAGCCGGAACUGGAAGUAAUUCUUCAUCUUCAUAAGUGCAUAGGGUAUUGGCCUGCAGGCCAGCGGCCGGACACGCGGGUGGCUAGUGAACGGGGCGUUCGUCAAGGAUGCCCUUUGGCACCCAGUCUCUGGACCCUGGUCACCAUUGCCCUGCUUCGCGCCGUGGCAAACGCUUCGUCCUUGGACUGGAUCCAAAAUGACGCGACUAUGUUCGCGGACGACUUACUUCUGCAGUGGGAAUUCUCAGAUGUCCCUACUCUCAACCGGAUGGUGAACAACAUUGCAGACUGUUUUCAUAUCCUGGCUCAGCUCGGUCUCCAAGUCCAGCACCGCAAGACUCAGCUCAUCGUUGCUCACAAAGGUCGCCGCGCGCAGCAGUGGUGGCGUGCGCACACGGCCUCCACUUCGGAGGGCCGCUACCUGCUCAUCCCCCAAUCUCAAGGCAAGGCCUUGAAGUUGCCAAUCGUAGACCAACUUACGUAUCUUGGGAUUGUAUUGUCCGACAAGGACGCUACCACUGCCACAGUUGAACACAGACUCCAGGUAGCUGAGGCUCAGCGAGCGCGCCUGCUCAAAAUUCUCCACUCACUUAGUUUACCGCUGGCUAAGCGAGUGCAGCUGUGGAUCGCAUGUGUGCGUAGUUCGGCACUGUAUGGUCUGCGCCUCGUUGCUUUACAACAGAAGCACAUUGAGCGCAUCACUGUUGUCUUGGUGAAACACCUGCGCGCUAUUGCACGCAGUUUUGCUCACAUGACAAAAGAGCCCAGUCGUGCCUUGCUUGAGCGACUAGGGGUCGAAGACCCGCUUAUGUUCCUGACGCGCUGCGGUCAACGGGCUCUUGCCAAGGCGAGGGACUCCCGCGAUCCCAUGGUGGCAAGGCCUCGUAUUCUUUCUUGGUUAGUCCACUGCACGGAGUCCAAGUUAGCCCUCACUUCGCACCUGGACCAUGUUCCCCCUCCGAACUACGAGAUCACCUGCUCCAGCGGACUAGAACACACUCAAGCGGUUGAAGAAACUCUCCGUGUAGCUGCGCUGCCCGGCCCCCUCCAAGGGGUCAAUGCCGCUGCUGUCCGAGGCCAUAGUAAGGAACCGUCCGCAGACGCGCCCCCACCCCUGAUCACGGAACCGAACAAGGAGUCUACUCCCUGCCUUGACCCCCCAGACCUGAAGCUACCAGACUGGAUCAAGUUCGCCCGGAGGUCCGACACUCAGGCAGUUCUUCGGCAGUUCUGUGCAUUGUGCGGACAGUGGCUGGUCUCGCCUCGUCCCGUACCCAGCCAUCACUUGGAACACCUUGCUCCAUACCGGCAGCGGAUUGUGUGCUCCCUGCCAGCAAUGAUGGACGACUUCCAGACGGAGUUAGACAGCGAAGAAAAGACGAUCUUCGGAGAGGUUCUGGGGAAGAGACGUCUUCUGCAGCUGGACGGCGAGGCCCCGGACAGAGAGGCGAAGUUUGCUCACCCAGGAGGCAAAGGGCCGCAGCAGGGGCGCAUGCAGCGCCACCAGCCGCCGCCAAUGGGCAGGGGAGGGCAUCAGUCGGCCCCUGCACAGGGCAGCCGCACGAAGGGCCAUCAAGACGGACGGGGACAUCGCGACCACCGCCCAGGCUCCUCACAGACUUCUUUUGACGACCAUGCCCUUCUCCAUCGAGUUGCCAAAGCUAUAGUGGUGCAGUCGGACUAUCUGGCGCGCCUCCAGAGCGACCACACCGUCCUCUUCACGUUCAAGAACGGCAACGGCCCACAGUUGAUGGUGCCGCUACUGCACGAGGUGGCGGCGAACUGGAGGGAGCAGAGGAGCAAGGGGGCGGUCACCAAAUCCCUCAAGCAGACUCUCCUUCAGUAUGUGGCCGCGGAGAUUGUCACGAGGGUGACCACCUUCGGCGGAGACAAGGCCGCUCAGGCCAAGGCGCAGGAAAUGGGCUGGAUCACCAGCGACAUGGAAUACAACUUCCUCGAUUGGAAUGCGGAGGAGCAGAGGCUCGUCCCUCGUCAAGAGGGGACGCUUACUCAAGACCAAGUGCUGGCGGAGGCCAGGCGCCUCAAGGCCCUGCUCAAAGCGCCCGAGCUGGUCCUGAAGUUUGCAGCGGCACGGAAUGCCAGGCCGGGCUCCACCUCGGAAACGGCCACCUUCGUGCUGGAGCUCUCGACGCAGGCCCCGGGGGCAGCGGAGGCAAUGGCGAUCUUCCGCAAGUGGUUCGCCAGCUCCGCCUUGCUCCUGUUGUCCCUUCGAUUGAAGCCAGCCCGCCCCGAGAAGUCGCCGUUGAUCAAGGAGAUUCAGGAGGCAGUGGGAUGGUAA